UGACCGGUCACGUGUUGAAUAACUUAAAUGUAAAAUUUUGGGUCUAGUUUUAAGAUAUCUUUUGAUAAAUAUGGUGUUUGAAUUCAAGACGAAGUUUUUUUUUUUUUUUAUAAUAUUGUUAAUUAGGUGUAUGAUAUAUUAAAUAUUCUAAAUCAAUAUCUCAAAAAAGAUAUAUAUGAAAGGUUUGUAUAUUAUUAAAUAUAGGACGUAGAGUAUAACGUUGAGCUUAUAUAUAAUUUUUUUUUGCCUAUAUAUAGUUGGGAGGUUGUCACAUAUUUAAUUGUAGCCUAAGUUGAGUUGUGUUAGCAAAAAUGGAAAUUAAAAUCUUAUGCACAAAGCUCAUUAAGCCAUUUUUACCUACUCCUCCUCACCUUCAACAUUACAAGCUCUCUUUCUUCGACCAAAUAUCUGAAAAAGAACAUGUUUCUAUGGUUUUUUUCUUUCAUAAUUAUAACAAUAUCGACAUGGAUGAACGACUAGAGCAAUCCCUUUCAAAGAUAUUAACUCAUGUUUAUCCCGCAGGAGGAAGGUACAAUGAGAAAGACAAAUAUUGUUCUAUUCUUUGUGUUGAUCAAGGUGUUUUCUAUACCAAAGCCAAGACCAAUGGUACGCUUGAUAAUUUCUUAAAUAAAGCGCGCAAUGACUUAGGUCAUGCGGCUUUAUUUAGUCCACAUGUAAAUAAGAAUAUCGAUGAAACUAAUUUCAUGGUUUCACCAAUUGUUACUAUACAAGUAACUGAGUUUGAAUGUGGUGGGGUUGCCAUAUCAAUCAGUACUUCACAUCCUGCAAUGGAUGGGUUCUCAGAUUUUCAAUUUAUUUCUGAGUGGGCAAAAGUGUGUAGAAUAGGGACUCCCAUCGACAAGAUUAAUAUUUUAAGCUUUAAUAUGGGUGAUAUUUUUCCAACAAGAGAUAUAACAGGAAUUUUCAAGUCAACCCCCACUCCAAUUAUACAACAAGACAUUGUUGUUAAGAGAAUUGUCAUCCAUGAGGAUGUUAUGUCAAGGCUAAGAAAAAAAUGUACUUUCAGUACUUUUCAACCUUCGAGGGUUGAGAUUAUUACAGCAAUUUUAUGGAGGGCUUUUAUCCGCGCUACAGCAAUUAUAAACGGGUAUUUAAGGCCUUCUUUACUAGAUUUUCCCAUGAAUAUGCGCUCCAAAAUAACAUUUUUACCUCAAGUGAAAAACUCCUAUGGGAAUUUUAUGAUUGGAGUUCCGGUUAAAUUUAUACCAGGAGAGAACAAAAUGGAAUUGCAUGAUUUCAUAAUGUUAAUUAGGAAUGCGGUGAAUAAAAUUGUUGCUUCAUGUAAAAAAGCUAAUUCACCAGAUGAAAUAGUGGCAACGUUGGUUGAUUCAUAUAAUGUAAGUUUUCGAUCACCAGAAUGGGGAGGUAACGAUGAAGUUGACAAAGUUAUGUGUACAAGUAUAUGUAAGUUUCCUGUGCACGAUUCUGAUUUUGGUUUGGGAAAACCAAACUUAAUAUUUUUUGGUAUGAAAGAUACACAAAUGUUUUGGUUGUAUGAUAUUGGGCCUGAAAUUGUUGUGCAAGUGGACUUGAAGGAAAGAUGCAUGCAGUUAUUUGAUCGUGAGGAUGAUAUCAAAGAUCUUAUCUUUAUACGUGAUGCAAAACUAUAAUUUCCAUUACUGUGUUGGUGAUCGUUAUUUGUUCAGUUUGUACUUUUGUAUUAAUAAGGAAUCAUUCAGACAUUCAAUAAUAAAAUCGUGAUUUGAAAUAUGACAUAGCAUCCUACGACAAUUUUAAGACGAGGAAAUGAUUUUACUUCCUUAUUGACCUUUUAAUCAAUCAUCAU